CCCCGUGUCCCUAGGACGGUGCAGAGCGCGGAGCUGCCGGCGCUGGAGGAGGCCUGUGCCACGUUCGCCCGUGCCCGGCACCGCUUCGAGCGCCUCGAGGCCUCCUGCCAACAGCUGGCUGAGCUGCUCAAGCACAACACCUUCCAGCUGCAGCAGCUCCAGGAGGUGACAUCCCCUACGGCCACGGUCUAUCGGUGCGGCCCCCUGCUCCAGCUCUGCCAUGGGCCCCUGCUCCGGCACACGGGGCUGAUCGGAGCCCUGCGUGUGCUCACGAGCUCGGCUGCGCUGUGGGGGGGGGCUGGGGGCCAGUCCCUCCAGCGCGUGGCUGCCGUGGCCUUCCCCAGUGCCCAGGACCUGGAGCAGUGGGAGCGGGCACAGCACGAGGCGGCUCAGCGGGACCACCGCCGGAUCGGGAAGGAUCAGGAGCUCUUCUUCUUCCACAAGUUCAGCCCCGGCAGCUGCUUCUUCCUGCCCCGCGGCGCCCACGUCUACAACACCCUCGUGGAGUUUAUCCGGAGCGAGUACCGGGCGAGGGGCUUCAGUGAGGUGGUGACCCCCAACCUGUUCAGCCCCCAGCUCUGGGAGCUCUCAGGGCACUGGCAGCACUACAGCCCCAACAUCUUCUCUGUCCCAGCCACGCCUGAGACCCUCUCCCUCAAACCCAUGAACUGCCCAGCCCACUGCCUGAUGUUUGCCCACCGGCCGCGCUCCUGGCGGGAGCUGCCCCUGCGCCUGGCAGAUUUUGGGGUCCUGCACCGUAACGAGCCCCCCGGGACCCUGACAGGGCUGACGCGUGUCCGGCGCUUCCAGCAGGAUGAUGCCCACAUUUUCUGCACGCUGGAGCAGCUGGAGAGCGAGAUCGAUUCCUCCCUGGAUUUCAUCCGGACCGUUUACGCCGUCCUGGGCUUUUCCUUCCGCCUGGCCCUGGCCACCCGUCCCGAUGGAUUCCUCGGGGACCCCGAAACCUGGGAUCGUGCUGAGCAGCAGCUGGAGCAGAGCCUGCGGAAUUUUGGACAGCCCUGGGAGCUGAGUCCGGGGGAUGGAGCCUUUUAUGGGCCCAAGAUUGACAUCCAGAUCCGGGAUGCUCUGGGGCGGCACCAUCAGUGCGGCACCAUCCAGCUGGAUUUCCAGAUGCCCGAGAGAUUCGAGCUGGAAUAUGCCAGCCCGAGCGGGGGCCCCGCGCGGCCGGUGCUG